UCCUCCCGUUUCUGUGAUGAAGUUCGGAUGCGCGUCACCAAGCAGCGCGCACAGCUGAGGAGCUUCCCCGACGCCUCGGCACGGCACGGCACGGCACUGCACGAGAGAUGGGGAGAUGCGUGGAUCACGAUCACGGGAGGCUUCCAGCGUGACACUGACCGUCGUUUGUACCCUCCCAGAAUGUGUCGCCGCGCUUUGUGUGUGCACUGACCGAGCUGAUCUGGAUUCAGAAGACCCAGCUGCGCCCAUUCCCUCUCUACAAAGCGUCCUUGGCUGCGUGGACCGUGGAAAAAAAAAACCUCGGCUCGUCCCCGUGAUUUAGUUUUACUCCCAACAGAUCGUGCGUGCGUUAUUUAAUCGGAUCCGGGAAAUGUUGGCAUGGCCGCCUCGGGAGCUCAUAAGUGUCCGAAGAGUGAGAAGUUGGACGAGGCGCAGGCUUUGGCCAAGAGCUGCGCGGGGAGACCAGACUUCCUGCCGUGUGAUGGACUCUCCAUCUGCGCGACGCACAGCCACGGGAAGUGCUUCAAACUGCACUGGUGCUGCCACUUGGGCUGGUGUCACUGUAAGUACGUGUACCAGCCCAUGACCAAUGUGUGCCAGCUGCCCAGCACAGCCGUGCCGCCCGUCGGGUCAGAAUGCAGCGACACUAUCGACCUCUCCAUCUCUCUGGCCGAGCGAUUCCUGAAGCUCGCGCCUAGCUUCCAGUCUCCGCCCCACCUGGAGUCGCCCAAGUACUGCGUCAUCGCGGACCUGUUUGUGGACGACUACAUCGUCAAACGGAUUAACGGGAAGAUGUGCUACGUGCAGCGACCCCUGCCUCCCUUGCCAGAACCGCCUCGACCUGCCACCCCUCAGCCGCCCGCUCCUGCCACGCCUCAAACGCCCGCCACGCCCAGUCCGCCCCAGCAGCCGGUCAGCCCGCAGCAGCGAGCUCCUGCUCCGCCAGUCCCGCAGGCGUACAGCGAACAUAAGCACCUCUCCGCUGUCGAGAAGCUAAAAGGCCCCAAAAUGGACCACUGCUCCUCGCCGUCCAGCUCAGAGGACUCCGGCAUCAACGCGCUCGGCCUCCACUACUUGGAGUCCUGCGAGGAGGGAAGCGAGGAGGAGGAGGACGACGAGUUGAGCACGGAUGGAAACUCGAGCCCCGGUAGUCUCUGGGACCAGGACGACUGUUCUCUGCUCUCCCCCUCCAAGUCAAUGAUAGAGAUCAUUGAAAAGAUUGAAACAACCGUGUGAGUGACAUGCAGAAACCACUUUUUGGGGAGGAUCAACCGGAAGCAGUGUCUGCUAACUGAGAAUUACACUCCGGGAUCUCAUUUCCCACUGACUCCUAGUGCUUCAGUAGGGCGAGGCUGUUUGAGGCUGGAUUUCUUUCUCCCGCAGGUGGCUGAGGACUAUGCGGCCAUGAUUUCACAGAGCCUCUGUUCUUGCCGGACCCCCCCCCCACCUCCUCCCCCCGCAUGGAAUUCAUUUCUGAGACUUACCGGAAUCAAGGAGGACGCACAAAAAUCUCGAGGACCUGAAAAGUGGACAAAAACGGCUACAAAUCAAGCGUAGAGUAGUAGCACUUCAAAACAGUCGUGAAAGAAGUAAAUGAUAGGCUUUUUUUUUUUUUUUGGUGAUUUUUCUUGUGUAGGUAAGUGAAGGGAGCUACGUUGUGUAGGAACAAAUACGACGUGUUCUUUAGCGGCAAUGAACAGUGAGGUAAUUGUUGGUGUCCUCCGAAUCGUCAGUCUUCAGACUAAUUUAACAUCCAAGUGGCGGAUAAGCACGUCAGCUCUUAUUCACUGGUCAGCGACUCCACCCACGCACAUAUUACUAAUUCUCGCACUUCAGCAUAAUGACUGCAAGGCCAGCUACCUCUUGUGGGCCUCGAGCACAUCAGCUUUCUAGCCUAUUAAAGAACUCCCCUCCGAGCUGCCGAGACACCGCCUGCUUCUGUCGCGUUAGAAAAAAAAAGGCUUUCCGAGGGUACAGUCCGUCUGCACAUUUACCGACACCGUCACAGGCGGCAGGCGGUUCGGUAUUCGACAAUCAAGAAUUACGCGGAAGCACAUUUCUGUACCUGCCACCGAGGACCGCUUCUAUGACUAUUUACCAUGCGUUAGUGUCCUUCUGACCAGCUUUCUCCAAUCAGACCGAACUAAACGGCAGUUCUGUUGAAGGUUUGAGGCUUAGCUCUGAUUUUUAGAAGCUGGGUUCUGCGGAGAGGGUUUAAGUAGUCAGCGUGCUACACUUACUUGUUGGUGUGUGACGAAACAACACAAUAUUAGGUCCACAAGAGACUGUAGGUGAAAGCAAAGAGCCGCCAUUCCUUUGUUUUCACAUAAGAGAUAUUUCACAAGCUGGGUUUUUAAAGAAUCUAAUCAGCAGAUAAUAUUCCAGUCCAGGUUUUACUGGGUCCAUAAUAUGUGGUUUUUAAUACCUGCCUAAUUCGAAGGGUUCCCAAUUCCAAUAUAAAACAUAUAAAAUGCUCUUUUUUGUGUGCAGAGAGUUAACAUUUUCUGAGUUUCAAAACCUAUCUUCAAAAAUCUCUGUCCAGUGAAGGACUAUCCUGUUAAAUUUUGACCCGUCUUAGUAUUAAAGACUUUGUAAUAAAAUAGAAUAUAAAAUAAAAUAAAUUAUGUAUAAGAAAAUGUAAUUUAAAAUGGGUACUAGAAAUGAUCAAAUGCCCAGAUUCAUAAAAAACAACAACUUUGUGGUCCUUUAGAGUCAACAGGAAUCCACAAAGCAGAUGAUAACGUUUGUGUUGCUGUCGACUGUUCUUCCCAUAAUUACAAACUGCCCUUAAUUGAUCUGUCACUCUCACACCUUUUCUACCGAGUGCCUAAAACGCUGCCAGUUAAGUGAUUUAAAAGUGGUGGAGGCUUCUUCGAUACUUUUGUCACCAAAUGUGGUCUUCCAGCUACUUCCUUUCAAACUUCAAAAUAAGAGUCUUAAACAUAGAAUCAAAGGCUUAAACCGCUCAUGAUCGCAUCAGGGACUCAAAAUAACAGCUCGCACUUAGUUCGCUAGAUAAAGUCACCUGUUUGCAGCAACCGUAUUUGUGACAUCGUUAAGUGACGAGAAAUAUCAGAACAUUUUAUUACGCUGGGAACUGGUCCCGUAAGAUCUAACUAUACUCCCGCUUGACAACGGUAGGUUCUCUGUCUUUAGUUGUCAAAAACUGAGCUCAUUACCGACAUCAAGGUACACCGAGGUUUGUAAAAAGCUUAACUUUCCCCCCCCCCUAUGGUUUAAAGUAUUUAUUUUUAAUCAGGAAUAUUUUUCUCUGGUUGUAUGAAGUAUAGAGUAGUGGAGCCCUGCCCCUCUCCCCCAGUUGAUCUGCGCUGCUCGUCAGCUAGGCCCAAAACCGAAAAAGGCAAACUUGGCUGUUAAGAAACAUUUGCGGUCACAAGAAAACACCCGUCACCCUAUUUUGAAUCUACAUUUUGCAAGCUCCGAAUGGGAUGUCUUUUAUUUUUGGCUUAUCGACAAGGUCAUUUAAAAUUGUUUUUCUUGUGUUGUGCAUGUUAAAGAUUAUGAGAUCUUGGGAGGGCCGCAAUUGGAUGCGGUCAAAUCUUUACACGGUAAAAGGUCUAAGCUGACCAUCUGAAAACUAAUACUACAUUUUGGGUAUAUUUAUGCUUAGGUGUAUGUAUCGCAAACACACAAACAUGGAGUAAAUGCUGCAGGUGGCAACAUUAUGAAGCCGUGGUAUUUGUACUCCAGGGGAUCGUACGGUGAGAGCCUCAUUCUGGCCCAUGCUCGCUGGUAAAAACUAGUUUAUACUCUUCAAAACUGAGACUGCUGAGGUAGCUAUCUACUGCUAGCAGUAGAUUGACUGUUCAUAACAACUUUACAGACCCCUGGUCCAAAUAAUUGGAACCAUCCCAUUAAAAUUGAGGCGUAUACAGAUCUUUGUAAGGAGCCAGAUGUUGAAAUUGCUUCAUCAUGUCUCUGGCACAGCAAACAUAGGAGAGACUCUGACAAGCUAAAGGCUAUUAAGAUAUAUGAUAUUAGGGCAAUUAGUCUAAUUUGUUCUUUUAAAAUUAUAUUAUAACACAAAUGCACAGUUAUUUGCUUCCGGGGCUAUUAAUACAUAAUUUAUAAUGAUUGAAAGAGCACGCUGGGAAAGAGGUAGAUUAGAAUAGUUUGUCACAGUUAGUUUGUAUUAUUGGACGGAAAUACUCCAUUAUAGCACAUUCAGAGGGUUAUUACAGUAUGAGAUGGGAUGUUGAAUAGGUGUUGUGAUAGUGUUGAUAUAACAAGAAAUGAGCCAGCCCUUUUUUUUAUCAGUUGGUCAAAUUAAGUGGGCUGGGAUUUUUUAGUUUUGUUUUGUUUUGUUACUUUUUUUUUCCAUUAUUCAGUUCCUUUUCAUUUUAUUUUGUUUUUACAGUUCACCUUUUUCAAAAGCUAUCAGCAAGAAUUACCAAAUUUUUCACAAGUGUUGCUGAAAUUCUUUAAGCACAGAAAACAGAAGUCAUUUUGCAUGACUGCAUUUGUUCUAACAAAUAUAUAAUAUAAUAUAUAUAUAUAUACACAUAGUUUAACUAAUUUUAUGAUUCUGCGUGAAAACGGCAGACGGAUCCUAAAUCAGGGUGACAUUACGUGGAACAGAAUCCCUAUUAAUGCUGUUCAAAAUGUAUGUUUUGUUCUUAUUAUUGUUAUAUUAUUUUCAUAUGAAUAAACCUUAUGAAACCGA